CUCUUUCGCUUUGUAGUCGCACAAGCAAGACCGUAGUGUGUAGAUACAAAAAUUUUUAAACCUGCACAAAGGAUACGCUUUUCAACAAAGAAAUACUUAAAAAAUUGCAUAGUGAAAUUGUAGAAGCUUUAUUUUAUUUAAAGAAGCUAUAUCUUAAGUGAAUUUGAGAAAUAAAUCAAUUUGGUAUGCGCGCACAUUUUGCUGGUGAUGUUGCCAUUGUUGAGGCACCAAGGGAUGUUGCUGACGACAGCAUUGAUAAAAUUGAGGCCGAGGCAGAGCCGCUGGACUCACGUAUCGAUGAAUUUAAACAGGACUCCAAGAAUAUGGAAGUCGUCUCAGAGUUCAUCGACGAUGUGCUACAAAAAGCCGAGGUAGAGGCUGAAAAGCAGCAGGAUGCGAAAAGUGACAAAGCUUCGCAACAGCAGCCAAAGGAGAAAACGCGUCAGAGUUUUACUAUACCAGAUUUCAAGAAUGGCAAGAUGGUGAACCGUGCGCGCGGUUUGGUGGUACGCCUAUUCGAUGCUAUCUGCAAUUGCGCCAACACGGCUGCGGGACCGGCGCAACGCAUCAAGUUGCGCGCCAAGCGUGCAGCCUCAGUAGCCACAGCGCCAGCCACGGAGAAUGGCACGGAGGGUAACAAAAAACACGAGGUGAAUGGCAAGGAGAAGAAGAGCGACAAGAAGCAGAAAGAUGCUGCCAAGGCACCGAAGGGCGAACCAGCCGAGGAAGGUGCGGCUGCGACUGCAGAUGCCGCUGAGCAGGAACCGAAGCAAACGGAAGCUGAUGAGCCAGCUAAGCAGCCGGAGCUGGCAGCUGAUAAGCAGUAAUUUGCGCAAUUGUGCGGUUAAUGCGUGUGAGUAAUGCGUAAACAUUGCCAAUAAUUUAAUUUCGAUUGCUUUAAGGAGUGAGUUCAGAUGUUGCACAAUAUGAGCGGUGAGCGGCGUAGUCGCAUACGGCGUGGUGGGGGCGUAAUUUAGAAGCGCGCGUUUGCUAUACGCACAUACCGUUAUUACUUUAAUAUAUAACUGUAAACGGAAAGUUGUUACAAAAAAAAUAAUAAUUGAAAAAUCUAUAUAAAAGUCAAUUUCGUAGCAUUUACAUAUGUAUUUAGGCAACCACAUGCUCAUAAAUGCAAUUGUGUGUUUAUAAGAAGCGCAUAUGUGCAUAAGUACCAUAACUUCCAUUUUCAAAAGCUUCUCACCAAACGUAUACGACUUGCCGCCUCACCCGUACGCUAUCUUCAAGAACUCACGCCUCUAUAAUCUACAUGUAAUUGCCGUAUUUGCUAAGCAUAAACACAUAAAAGAGGAAGCUUACAUACCCUAAAAUAAUAUAGAACCACUCAAUGGUUUUCCAAGCUCAAGUGCAGCUCAAACGUUGCAUUUAAUAUGCACAACUACAUAAAUAAACAAUAAAAAACGCUUAACAACCAUUAAAAACUUAUUAAUAAUAAUAAAUCUCAUUCGAUGUCAUUCAAAUUUCAUACUUAUAUAGAAUACUUAUUUAUAACCAUGCCCAUAUUUCAACUGUCUAUUGACAAACCUACCACCGCUCAAAAGAGACUUUUUUCUCCAAACUCUAUAUACAAGCAUUAGUAAUCAAGUAGUUAUUGAAUUGGCUGAGUAGCGGUUGUUUCCGAAUAAAAAAAGAAAGACUUGGAAGUGAGCUAACUAAAAUAAUAGUCGUAAGUCUUGCAAGUAAUCCAAACUUUUUUAUGAUAAUACUAGAAAAAUCCAAAAAGCUCAAAAUAAACUUUUUACCGAUCUUUAGAACCUUUUUUUGGAGGUUUGAAAAGCUUUUUUGUUUGCUUUUUCAUUUUACAAGUUCUAAAGUCCUUUCACAAGCCUGGGUUUUGAGUAAGAGAGGGAGAGAAAGAGAGUGAGAGUUAUAUAGCAUUAAAAGGCUCAAUAAAAAAAGUAGUUAGGAUGUGCUGAGGUAACAUCAUUAGACACUUUUUGAAGAUUUGGCAAUUUUUUUUUUUUUGUAAAAAAGAAGCGAUGGCAAUCCGGCUACAAAAGCUCGCUCAAGAAAACUAACGAAGUUAAGACGGUGAUUAGGUGAGAUCACUAGAAACUUUUUGGAGGUUUUAAAAGCUUUUUUGGGAUUACUUGAGUGAGAGAGAGUAAGAAAGAGAGAUGUUAUCAUGGCUUUUAAAAGCUUUUUUGGGAUUCCUUGAGUGAGAGAGAGUAAGAAAGAGAGAUAGUGAGAUAGAGAGAGAUGUUACCAUGGCUGAAAAAAUCUAAAAAGCUCCAAAAAAAGCUCAAUGAAAAAUAGUUAAAAUGGCAAUGAGUUAAAAUCAGCUCUGAUAUGCUUUUAUUUUGCUUUUGGCUACAUUUUAACAGCAAUAAUACUUGUCUAUAUAAAUUUUCGAGCAUUAAGCGCAAAUAGAAACUAAAAAGCUCACAAAAAAGCUUUUUUAGCUAGCUAAAACUUUUGCUAAAGUUAUAUUUUAAGUAAAUGCUGCUCAGUUUUUAGUUUCUUUUUUCUCGAAAAUUGCGAACUUUUUGAGAAGUACCAAAUCCAAAGUCCGUAUCUAGGUUUCAAAAUCUCUUACGUUAAAAACAUAUUGAACUGUUUACAUAUAACAAGUAUAUGUACUACAUAUCUGUAUAGAUUUCGAAAAAAACAGCCAUAUCAACAACUACUACCAACAAAUAUCCACCUAACUGAUUUUUAUCUAUUACAACAAUUUUUAUAUCCAACGGUUUAUUAACCUACUUAAAUACAUACAUCUAUCUAAUGAGGGAAUUAAACGAGCACACAAUCAAUGUAUUUUCUAACUAUUAUAAUAAACUUCUUAUACAUGCAUACAUAUUUACACAUAUAUAUAUAUAUAAUCCCAAUAAUAUACUAGUUAAGUGAUAAUUACUAAUUAAUUACAUACAAUUAGCAGAUAACUCGGUGUAAAUGUUGUAUGUAGUUAUCAUAUAACACUUGAUGUGACUUUGUGUGUGUGUAUGUAAUAUUGAUAAUAAAACUAGUUAGAUUUGGGCAUUCAUAUGAAACUAAAAAACAUAUUUGGUAAAUACACAUGUUUUUGUAUGAAUGCGAACAUAACCUAAAUUACAACAUUGCGUCUAAUAAAACCCAAAUGUGUACUGAUUUUAUGAAAUUAACUUAAUUUAUGCGUUUAGUUAUUUUCUGCACCAGCUACACCAAAAUGAGCCACUGUACUUUUACAGUUGGCACACGCACAUACACAUACAAUUGUAUUUACGGAUAUAUGUGUAGGUUAUAAAAAACAAGAAGCAGCAACUGCAUAAAUUUUCACUUUAGGAACAGUAGUCUGAGUAAAUGUAAUGCAAAAUUUACACUGAAAAAAAAAACAACUGGUAACAAAUUUUAAAUAAAAGAAAAAAACAAAAAAAUUUUGUAAAGCGGAAUUUUGUGACAGACUUAAAGAAAUAAUCAUGUUGCAUAACUUAUCGUAAAAAUGCAUAUAUGUAUUGUGCUUAAAGCCCUAAAAUACGGUAUAUUGUUAAUUUUGUACUGUGUAUUUAUAAACUUUAAUGCCUAAUAACAAAAAAAUUAAAAAAAAAAACAUUAGCUAACGGUGUUUACUGUAAAGCUUCCCAGCGAUUUAUUAUUUUGUAUU